GGGCCGGAGGCGGCGAUGGAGCUCAGAAUGAAGCGGCGAGCAUCUGACAGAGGAGGUGGGGAAACAUCUGCCAAGGCGCUUUGUCCAGGCAUUUCCAGCAAUACCACCAAGCGGGCCGGGCCCUUCAUCCUUGGGCCUCGCUUGGGCAACUCCCCGGUGCCUAGCAUUGUCCAGUGCUUGGCAAGAAAGGAUGGGACAGAUGACUUCUACCAACUCAAGAUCCUCACCUUGGAGGACAAGAGUGACAAAGGCACAGAAACCCAAGAGGAGCGCCAGGGCAAGAUGCUGCUUCACACGGAGUACUCCCUUCUCUCCCUCCUGCACAACCAGGAUGGGGUGGUGCACCACCAUGGCCUUUUCCAGGACCGAGCCUGUGAGCUGGUUGAAGACCUGGAAUCCAGUAGGAUGGUCCGAAAAAUGAAGAAGCGCAUCUGCCUGGUGCUGGACUGCCUCUGUGCCCACGACUUCAGUGACAAGACAGCAGACCUCAUCAACCUCCAGCACUACGUCAUCAAGGAGAAGCGCCUCAGCGAGCGGGAGACGGUUGUGAUCUUCUAUGACGUCGUGCGAGUGGUGGAGGCCUUGCACAAGAAGAACAUUGUGCACCGAGACUUAAAACUGGGAAACAUGGUGCUGAACAAAAGGACCCACCGGAUCACAAUCACAAACUUCUGCCUCGGGAAGCACCUGGUGAGUGAGGAUGACCUGCUGAAGGACCAGCGUGGGAGCCCCGCCUACAUCAGCCCAGACGUCCUCAGCGGUCGUCCCUACCGUGGGAAGCCCAGUGACAUGUGGGCGCUGGGCGUGGUCCUCUUCACCAUGCUGUACGGACAGUUCCCCUUCUAUGACAGCAUCCCCCAGGAGCUCUUUCGCAAGAUCAAGGCGGCCGAAUACACCAUCCCUGAAGAUGGGCGCGUGUCCGAAAACACGGUGUGCCUGAUCCGAAAGCUGCUUGUUCUGGACCCCCAGCAACGCCUGGCCGCCUCGGAAGUGCUCGACUCCCUGAGCUCCAUCAUUGCCUCGUGGCAGUCCAUGUCAUCCCUGAGUGGACCCUUGCAGGUGGUUCCGGAUAUAGAUGACCAGGUGGGCAAUCCGGACAACGUGCACGAGGCAAAGGUGACCGAGGAGUGUUCCCAGUAUGAGUUUGAGAACUACAUGAGACAACAGCUGCUGCUUGCCGAAGAGAAGAACACUCUGCACGAUGCCAGGAGCUUUCUCCAGAAGCGGCAGUUUGGGAACAUCCCCCCCGUGCGGCGCCUCGGCCGUGACGCUCAGCCCAUGAACCCCCUUGACGCGGCCAUCCUUGCACAGCGCUACCUUCGGAAGUAGCUCCUGGAGAGCGCGAGAGGCGCCUCGGCCCGCCCGGCCCGGCCUGGCCCGGCCCGGGGUCCCCACACAUGUAGCAGUCUUCCCCACGCAGCGCGCACCGAUGGGUCUCGCCCGCUGGGGUUCGGUUGCCCCGAGAGGGUUGGCGGGAGACAGUGGUCUGGGGAAAGGGCUGGUGGAUUUGAACUCAACCUUGACAGCUGAUCUACUUUUAAUCAUGACUCCGAAAUCUACCUCUGUCUUUUUUUAACCACACUGUUCUCUGGACUGAAGCAAGGAGCGGUUUUGGCAAAGGUGCCCCAGCAGGCUUCUCUUCUGACGCAGACGUACGUUGAACUGCAGAGACCACGUGGACUGCGUUUCGCGCCAUAUGGUUUGAAUAAGCUGAACCAUUCUCUUCCCUGCUCCCCACCCACCUCCCUGGGCCUCAUGAAAGUAGUUUUUAAACUCUUUCCCACUCAGCCCUCCUCUGUUUGUUUUCUUUUUAAUUUAAUACCUGGUUUGAGUAUGCUUCCCCCGAAGGUUGGCCGCAGACCCUCCUGGGUGACCACAGACUGAGCUGGCUUUCGAUGAGCUUGUUGCUUGUACCUCCUAGCAAGGCAGAGCAUUUCAUCCAGGGGUCGUUCCAAAUGUAGCUUUUCUGGAGGCCUAGCCUGCCUUUUCCAGUCCCUUAAUUAUUUUGGAUUUCCUGGGAGUUCUGUUUGUUUUUGUUAGGGUUUUUUUAAAGGUAGCUUACAUGAUGUUGCAUUAAUUCUGUUGAUGCCUCUCACCUCACUCCUCACAGUGGUACAGCUGAAGGGACAAAUCUAUGAUAAUGUGAAAGGGUUUUCCUUCCCUUCCAUUCUGAUCAGCACCUUCUCCAGAAAUACUCCCACCAGCCUUUCUCGGGUUCGGAAAGGCCUGCUGGUCUCCCUACCCCGCUCUCUUUGCUUUGUCUUGCCAUUGUCGCCUUGUCACAGUGCUGACCCGCUGCAAAGAUCCGGCCCGGGACUUCCCCGGAAGACGUGCCACCACCCCGCAGGUCAGGCCAGGCCAGGCCAGGCCGGGACAGGGCAGGAUUGUUUCUGAGCCACGUUUUGGAACUGGAUGCCUCUCUUGCCAGAUAAGCCAUUCUCAAGCCAUCUUUCCUGGGGUGUGCUGUCUGCCGCCCCCCCCCCCCCCCCCCGCCACAACUUUGCAGAAGUUUCCCAAACCUUGUCUUGUCUCUUGGCCACAGAGUCCGGUAGCUGAAGUGGCCCUGUGGCAUCAGAUGAGCAGCACGACAGAUGGGUGGCUCCUCCAGGGCCCCCCAUGCAGGAGACGCUGGCGUGCGGGGUGCGGGGUGCAGUGACCCUCCCCACCGGCACCAGCAAACCGCAGGCUUCCCACCUGCAGCCGUUUCCCUGAAAGGAGCACAAGCGCUACUCUCAGCACCCCGAGGCAGAGGUGCUUUGCUGCAGGAGGAGUCUGGGGGGCCAGCAGCACAUGAGAACGGUUGCUUUGAAGACACACCUGCAGGCCCCCCACAGGUCCCAAGCCAUCCAGCAGAAUCUGCCCCCGCCCCCCGUGGAUCAGGCGUGGGGUAGAAGUGGCUGUGGCAGGCCCUGCCCCCUUGGAAACGCUGGGGAGGGGCGCGGAGGGGGAGCUUGCCCUUCAGCGGGCCGCGGCACAAUACCGAAGGCUGUCCUCGGGGCAGGCCCCAGUGGUGUUGCUUACGAAGGAGCUGCCCACGCUGCCCCAGCUCAGCCCUUGGGCAGAUCAGGAUCCGGGCUGGCGCUGGAGGCCAGCAGGAGCCCUUGUCAGCCGGAGGGGGGCGCUGUGGCCUUUCCUCCCAGUGAGCAGCCCUCCUGGGCGGCACAGCUGCAGGUGAGCCGGCAGGCAGGUGCCCCUUUCUCAGGGCUUGGCCGCAUGGUGCUUUUAAGGGCUGUCACUUGUGGCACUGCAGCGGCCCGUAAAGCUCACGGGAAGCAUCCCUCAGGCAGGGAGGUACAUAUUCCCCCCGCCAAAACUAAGUUGCACUGGUGCACCAGUCCAGGCUGGGGUGUUCUCGGGACCAUCCUGGGGCUGAGCCCAGCCAGCAGGAAGCACCGGAGGAUGAGAAGGGGAUCGCACGGCACGGGCUGGGCUGCACCGCCACUUGGUUCCUUCACAGGAGGGCUCCUUCCCUACGUGGAUGAGGAGCCAUUCAAAUAGCCGCUGGCUGCUGUGGACCCCUCCAGAAACGGCGGCGAGGGCAGACUCCUCCUUUCGCUGUUUCCAGCCCCUAUUUAACUCUUCCCCGGCUGUAUGCCUGCAUCACACCUUACUUGUCCUGGAAAAAGAGCAAUACUCCCCUGACUGUAGUGUGUUACAUCACAAUAGAAGCCAAACUGGAAGAGGAGGAGGUGGAGGAGGACGACGACAACACUUGUGUGUGGGGAGGAACUUGGCAAUCGCUGCUGGUUUUGUUUUGGUAGAUUACAGAUUGGGCGAGACACCAGAGACAAAGAUCCUAUUGUAGAAAAAAUGCAAAGAGAAUUUGUAUAGAGACCUAUUUUUGUAUUACACCUAACUAUUCCUGCAUGUCAGCAAUAAAAUUUGAUAAUGUAGAACCAAA